AUGAUGUCGACAAAUUGUAGACUACAUAGGAGUGGAGACAACCUGGAGAGUCGCACAGAUGAAAUAAAAUUCCCAACUGCAAGUGCCCUUCGUCAGUCCCCUCUUCUCGAGCAGUGCCCACUACGCGGUCCACCUAAAUGUCCACCAGCGUCCAAGAGAUACCGUACCCACGAUGGUACCUGCAACAACUUAAACCGCCCAAGAUGGGGCUCAACCAUGACUCCAGUUCAGCGUUUCCUUCCACCAGUGUACUCCGACGGCAUACAAGCCCCAAGGAGAUCCGUCUUCGGCUCCCUUCUACCAUCAGCCCGUGAGAUCAGUGCGUUAGUGCACGAAGAUCAAAACGUAGAAAACCCCGGAAUUACACACUUGCUAAUGCAAUGGGGUCAAUUUUUAGACCAUGAUAUGGUAUCCUCGUCACAAUCAAGAGGGUUUAAUGGAUCUGUGCCAAGAUGCUGCAAAGAUGGUGGAAGGGAUUUCAUUCCUAAGGAAUUUUUGCAUCCUGAAUGCUUUCCUAUAGCUGUACCCCUUUCGGAUCCCUUUUACGGACCUCGUGGAGUGAGGUGCCUGGACUUCAUCAGGUCUUCACCGGCACCUCAGGAAGACUGCCGAAUUGGCUGGCGUGAGCAGAUCAAUCAGGUGUCAGCGUACAUCGACGGAUCUCCUCUGUAUGCAAGCUCAGCAAGGCAGUCCGACAAACUACGAUUGUUUAGGAAUGGUAUGCUUCAAUACGGGCGAGUACAGCAACGGCGCCCCCUACUGCCCACGGAGAGACGGGAUGAGUUGUGCAGAGGCGGAGCUCUGUCUGCUGACUGCUUCAAGUCUGGUGACGCCAGGGUCAACGAGCAACCAGGCCUUGUAGCUGCUCACAUUCUGUGGUUACGACAACACAACAGAAUGGCAACAGAACUAGCCCACUUAAAUCCGCACUGGAGUGAUGAGAAAAUAUACCAGGAGACAAGGAAAAUCAUUGGCGCCAUGAUACAACAUAUUACUUAUCGAGAGUUUUUGCCAAUUAUAUUAGGCCCGGAGGUGAUGAAUCUUUUCGAAUUAGAGCCUCAGAAGAAAGGCUACUACCGUGGGUACAACCCCAAGAUCAAUCCAAGUCCAGCGAGUUCGUUUGCAUCAGCCGCCUUCCGCUUUGGCCACUCCCUGGUUCAACCUUCAAUGAUUCGCUUCGACCGCUUCCACAGACCCAUGGCAAAUAAUGUAUCACUUCACGAUGAGCACACAAACCCAUCAAACAUCUGGAGUAUGGGAGCCGUAGACCGUCUGAUGCUCGGUAUGAUGAAUCAGCCCAUACAGAAACGAGAUGAAUUCAUCACGGAAGAACUAACCAAUCACCUAUUCCAAACAUCACACUUCGACUUCGGUAUGGAUCUUGCAGCGAUCAACAUACAGAGAGGGAGAGACCACGGAGUACCACCAUACACGUCUUGGAGGGAGCCCUGUGGUCUAUCAACUGUGGAAAACUUCGAUGAUCUGUCAAGAAUAAUGCCGGCGAGGGUUGUGCGGAAGAUGAAGGCUCUAUACAAGAACGUCGAAGACAUUGACCUCUUCACCGGAGGAAUGUCUGAACGGCCUGUCAUUGGGGGUCUGGUUGGACCAACCUUUGCGUGUAUUAUCGCUCAACAGUUCUCAAAUUUACGUAAAGGUGAUCGGUUCUGGUAUGAAAAUGGUGGCAGUGAGUCGUCAUUCACCCCAGCACAAUUACAACAAAUAAGACGAAUGUCACUAGCACAAGUACUAUGUCGUACGCUUGACACGAUUGACAGCAUCCAACCUUUUGUUUUCCUUUCUCCUGACAACCCUGACAAUAACCGAAUUUCCUGCUUCAACAAUCACCUGGACAAUUUUGACCUCUCCGCGUGGGUAGAAAUUAAUUCAAAUAAUGAACUUAGAAAAGCUAACGAAGAACCUUCGACUACCUCUAAGCCAAUGAGACCAAAACCAUCCACCUCAAUCCCUAUAACGACAACAAAAAAGCAAAAGAUUACGCCAAAUCAUUCAUCUCUUAAAACACAUCUGGGAAAAGACGAGACUAAAGUUAAAAAACAGACUCAUGUGCUUAAUUUGACUGACUCAACGACUAAUGACACUGAUUCCGUUGAAGAUGUAACUCUGAAGGGUAUUGACGAUAAACUUGACUUUAGAAAUAAAACUAAAAGAUUUAAUGACGAUGAUAUCAACACACGACGCAGUCCUAAUAAAAAAUAUGGAUAUAAUGAUAACGUGCAAACUGCACAAUCUGUUGUAAUCAAUAACUUGCCACAAAGACCAAAUAGACCGUACUUAUCUGUGACUGAAAACAUUGACAAAUAUACUUACCUCAUCAAUUAUGUCCCAAGAACAACUCAGUCUUGGCGGCAGACGACUAGACGAAACUAUGACAGAGAUGUAGUUAAAGUUACUUACCAGACUUAUGACGAUACUUAUAGACGACCUAAUAGACCAUACUUUAAUAGGGGUGACUUAGACCAUGACUAUGAAUCUAGGAAUAACGCACGAGUUGUUACUGAAGUUCAAUCUUCAGCUAGAUCCAAUGAAGACCUUAUUACGACUCGACUAACUGAUAGACCUAUGACUCUGACUGAAAAAACUCCAAACUUUGACUCAACGACAGAAAACUUAUACAAAUUACUGACUUUUGGCUAUGUAGGAUCUUACAGGGGUGACUUGACAGAAAAAAAUAUAAGAAAGGACUUUAAUGAUGACAAAGUAAGUAAAGAUUUUGCUACUAGUAAUGAAAAGCAAGAUACGGUGACUGACAAUGGUGUGAAUGCUGGAAAAUUAUCAACCUUUUUUCUAUAUGAAUCUGCAACCCGACCCUUUAAUUCCCAACGUCCAACAAGACAUAACAAUGACCAAAUGACUCGAAAUACUAAAACUAAAUACUAUUACGUAGACAACGUAUUAAAGAAAUACUCUGACAAUGAAAGCCUCCCAAAAGAAAAUGACUUGACUAAAAAAAACGAAACAAUCAAAGAAAAUAUAGAAGAACGCUCCGUCCCAAACAAAAUUGCUGCUUUAGAUGAUAACAAGACUGAUAGAUCAAGAGAACGAGAAAAGAAACCGAUGAAUUCUGCGAAAACUCCUUCCGUGACGUUCGAUAUAAUUCCUAGUGAGAGCAGUCCAACCCAAUGGGCGGUUUACGAAGAAAAAGAAGAGUUAAUAGAUCCCUUACAUAACUGGAUGCCGGCUGUCAAAACGGACCCACUUUCUCUCAGAGAGCUGCCACGCCCUAUGGACUUCUCUGGGAAAAGACGUUUAGGAAGACAAUAG